GGUUUUUUUUUCAAAUAUAUAUAUAUAUAUAAAUAUAUAUAUAUAUAGGUUUUGUAUAAAAUAUAAAUACAUACAUAUACCCAAGUCCAAGUGCAUUUGCAUUGAAGUGAGAUACGUAGUGUAAAACCAAAAGGAAUUCCAUAAAACAAACCGAACAAGCGGAGCAUACUACAAACAAACAACAACAGCAACAGAUAAAUCUGUUAAAAAUACCCCAAAGACGACUGUGGCAAUAAACUAGCCCGAGUUUCAACAAAUAGAGACCAACUGUGACACGUGAGUCUUUCUGGGGCCCAUCGUCAAUUCCAGCGAACGCUUUUCUAAGUUACUUUUACAACUGCAAAACUGCAACAACCAAAUCCCAAUAACAAAAUGGCCGAUGUAUCGCAUGAGUUGGGCGCCCUGCGCUUUGUAGUGGAAUCGCCGCUGUCAUCGAAGGUGGCCAUGUUCAACAAUCAGGCGACACAGCAUAAGCAGUCGCAGUUAUUGAACCCAUUCUCGCACGAUGGACGCGCCUCAUCGCCGAAGCCAACUUUCUCCAAGGAUCAGUAUGGCAAGCCGCUGGCCGGCAGCCUGACAGAGAUGCGUGGCCAAAAGGCCAAUAUGCAUGUGAUGAAGGAAAUGCUCGAGCUGUGCCAGAUCAUUGACUCCGAGGGAUAUACGGUUAAGGAUGAGCCAAGCAUGCGCGUCAUACCCUUUGGCGAGUUGUUCAACAUUUACAACUACAUUUCGGACAAAGUUGUCGGCAUUCUGUUGCGCGCGCGCAAACACAAGCUUCUGGACUUCGAGGGCGAAAUGCUGUAUCAGCGUCGCGACGACGAUGUGCCCAUCUUUCUGUUGAGGCCCAUUGUUGAAAUACGACGGGAGCUCAAUGCCAAGGUUGAGGAGAUUAAACGUGGCGCAAGUCCAGCGCCCCAGUCGACGUCUGUGAUGCUUGACAAAAGUGCUCACGAGCAAAAACUGAAGGUGCAGGCGGAUCAGCGCAGUGCAUCCAAAUCGCGCACACCUUCACCAGGAUUGAAAUCGAAAUCAAAGUCCAAGUCACCAUCGCCAGCCGUACAAGAUAAUCCGGAGGCAUUAACAGCAUUGCCACCCAUAGCGGGUAAGCCGGGAGCAGCAGCAACUGUUGCUAGCGAGGCACCUACUGCAGCUCCAGUCGCAGCAGCAGCAGCAGCAGCUACUGGAACGCCAGUCGCAGCUGGGGUGCCUUCAGUUGUCAUUGAUCAGCCACCUGUGGAAGCAGCCGACGCGGCAGAAGUAACACCAGCAGCUACAACGGAGCAGACGAAGCCGGCAAGUGUAUCCCAAACGGAAGCAGUGCCUGCUCCCGCCGAUGCAGACGCUCCAUCUGAGGCGGCUGCUGCUGCUGCAAUACCAGUUGCGGCCGAGGACAAAGCCAGCCCAGCUGAGGCUGUUGCACCGACACAACCUGUUAAUGAAUUGCCCACAAUUGUUAUUGAAGCCAGCGCCACAUUUGUGCGCACAGUCAGCGUGGAGCAGCUGCCGGAGCAGGUGCCAACUGCCGAAAGUGUCUAAAAUGGCUAAAAAAAAAAGAAAAAAGAAGCCUAAGCAGGACUUUGAGAAGGUUUUGAAAGCACUCGCAACUACUAAAGCGGCAGCUUUAAAUUGCAGUAAUCUAGUUUAAAGCAUAGUUUAACUUAUAAUUAGUGUUAACAGCACUGAAGACACUGAAAAGAAAAGAGAGAGAGAGAGAGAGCAACUAAUUAUAAUUGAAUAAUGGACGUAAACAUAUGAAUAUAUAAAGUAAAUGUAAUACGUAUAGACACAGUAUUAUAUAAAACUCAUACUUCUUAAUGCAUGGUUAUUAUAUAAUAUGUUGUAGUAGUUUAAUAACUAUAUAAAUAAACAUUUUUAAAUUCAAAA